GCCAGCUCUGUGUGCAGGAUAAGGAACAGGAAGUCUAACUGUGGAGCCUGCAGUGAGACCUCUAGUGUUUUUCUAACUCCAUGUCCUGGCAGAGUUCCUGUACAAUACAAACACACACAGAGCUUCCAUUGUUUCUAGCAGUUCACCAGCCCACUGAUCCUAAUAUGGAAUUCAGCAGGAAACCCAUGAUUUCCUGACACAGAGCAAACCCGAGAAAGACAGGGGGCAAAACUCCAUUAAAAUCUUCAGCGCUCCUCCAUAUUAGACCCUAAAACACAAGGGAAGGAUGGAGUGGAUUAACAGCAAGCUGUGAUCUCUUGGGUUACACAGCAGGAGGGACACGUUCUAUCCAAGAGGUUUAUUGCAUUUGUGUAUUGCUUUUUUUGCACAGAAAAUGUGUGCUGUGUGGGUCAGAAUGAGAUCAUCCUGCAAGUAAGUGUAGCAAUGAAGUGUCUGGCGAUUAGCAAAAGUAUCCCCACACACCACAGCCCUCUCUGAAACACAACCAUGACCAGAGGAUACUGCAACAGCAAAUACAGUUUAUUAUGAUUUCCUGAAAUCUCACUCUCCCAGGAACAGAAACUUGAACUUGGAGUUGGUUUCAUGCGCUGUUUUACCAGUGUGUAGCAGCCGCAGCAGCAGGGAGAAAUGAAUAUGAGGGAGGAAAAUGACAGCACGGGAUGCAGCAGUAUGAGCAGCAUGAAGAGGAUGCUCAAGUGUGUGGUGGUUGGAGACGGCGCAGUUGGCAAAACCUGCCUGUUGAUGAGUUAUGCCAAUGAUGCUUUUCCUGAGCAGUACGUUCCCACUGUAUUUGACCACUAUGCAGUAACAAUAACCGUUGGAGGGAAGCAAUAUCUCCUGGGACUCUAUGACACUGCAGGACAGGAAGACUACGAUCAACUUAGACCUCUGUCGUACCCCAACACGGACGUGUUCUUAAUCUGUUUCUCUGUGGUCAAUCCUGCUUCUUAUCACAAUGUCCAUGAAGAAUGGGUAUCAGAGCUGAGGGCAUGUAUGCCACAUGUUCCUUAUGUCCUCAUAGGAACACAGAUUGAUCUACGAGAUGACCCUAUAACUUUGGCUCGGCUUCUCCACAUGAAAGAGAAACCAAUCACCCAGGAACAAGGAAUGAAGCUUGCAAAAAUGAUCGGGGCACAGUGCUACCUGGAAUGUUCAGCCUUGACUCAAAAGGGCCUUAAGAACGUUUUUGAUGAAGCAAUCCUCACCGUCUUCCACCCAAAGAAAAAGAAGAGGCGCUGUGUGAAAUGUCGCAACUCCUGCACAAUAGUAUAAGGUCACUGCAUAGGGGAUAACUGGUGCUACUGUAUAUAAAUGGGAGCAAAAACUCAUAACUCCAGUAUCGCAAGAUGCAAAUGGAAACCCGGAUUUGUCUGUGAUGAACCAAUCAUAAUGGAGUAUAUGAGCAGAGCAUAUUCCAUAGGCCUGGGACGGUGCCAAGUGUGGAUGUUUAUUGCUGUCUCUCUCACACACUGUGAUAUAUUUCACUGAGCUGAGAUAAAACACAACAUGUGCCUUUUUACUUAUAUAAUGUUCUUAUGGUCUUUGGGAAAUGGGAUUGUGUAACCAUUAUAGUGCAUUUUUAUGAAGUCUUUCCUGGAGCCCAUGAGACUGAAUGCAAUUCCAUGCACACAUUACAGUACCUUACAGUUCAAACCAUUGCUAGGUGGACGGGGGGUCCCUACUUUCAUUUGUUCAUGGUUAUCUCAACCCAGAGCUAAGAGUGAGGGAGUUCCCACCCCCACUGUUACUGGCAGGGCAUUAAAACUAAAGAACGUACAAUACAUUAUUUUUUGUGACUUAAUGGUACUGUCCUCUGCUGUUUCGCUUUAUACGGCAAUAAUCUCCUAAACACUAAGAAAAUGAGAGGAAUUUUAACACUAAGACACAGUCGUCACUACAACUGCCACUCAGAGAACUGUAUGUUGCUUGAGCAGCUGUAUUGUUGGCUUCUGUGGGCUCUUAUUUUCACUGCCAUGUUUUAUAUGACUUACAGUGCUGUGCCACCUCUAACAUAGCUGCAAUUUAGUGCAAAACCUUAUAGUAUUUCUGUAUAUUCAGUCCUGUUGAGAGACGUUUUAUUGUCAAAGCUGGACCAGAAUGUUGAAUUUUUAAUUGUGCCUUUCAUUUGACUUUUGAAGGUCUGGCGCUCCAUCUCUCCAUCUCUCCAUGUACCCUAUUUCACAGGCAUUUAUUCAUUUACAUGUUCUCAUAGGGGGUCAAAAUGAUCCUUUCAGAGGAGGAUCUCCUGGUGAAUCCCAGUUUAGAACAGUUCCCAUCAGCCCCUUCAUAUUUCCACCAUAAGCCGAUAUAACACCUGAAACAUGUAGCACUAUCACUAACUGUUGUGAGAUUGGGCAAAAAUGUCAGGUACUCUGGUGAGUCCUAUAAGGGCCAGUCCAACUGCUCUCAUGUUAUGAUACAUCCCUGAACCUGGGCUCAUCUCUCUACAAUGCUGGAAAAUACAGCAGACAUUUUGCUUUUUGUCAUUUCACUCACACAUUUCUGUCAUUUAAGUCUCACGAUGACAUUAUAUACUUUACAUUUCACAUUGCCGUUGUAUGUGUUUUUUUUAUAUACAAGACACAAGAUGGGCCCAGCAUUUAGAGGGGGUAUAGGGUAGAAAUACAUGAAUAAGAAAAGAGAAACGUUGAGUCGGAUUCUAUUUCACUGUUGAUGAGCCAGUCUAAAGUGCAGCUAUUAAGGACCUGAAUUCCAGAGAAGCCUCAGAAGGAAAUGAUUUAAAUCUAUUUUAAGCCAAAGUUAUUGUCUGGUUUUUUAACUCUGACAUCCAAUGAAACAGAUUGCCCAUGGGAUUUAUAUCCAGACAGACAGGAAAAGUAAGUGUUCCCUUUUGCUGUCUGUUUCCAGCUCACAAUUUGUAUUUUAAAGUGGCUCGGACCAAUAUGUCAGUUGUACUGCACUAGCACAAAUCCAAGUACAUUAUAUGUGGUGAAAAUUCAUUUUGAAUAAUCCUUUACUACUUUACUUAUUUGUAUCUUUUCCUCUGUAUCUUCUCCAGGCCUCAUUUAAAGUGCAGGAUAAGAGUAUGCCUAUACUGACAAGGCUUUAGGAUAGAAGGCUUCAGGGUUGCUUGGUACCAAAGGAAAGAAAUUGAAUUCAGGAGAAAACAUUUAAUCACAGGCCAGCCUGUAUCUCCCCCUCCUGUGCUGCGAUUGAUGGUAGGAAGUUCAGAGAUGGCUGACAAACUCAUUAGCUUAAUAUUUGUAGGUUUAUUUGAAGGUACAACACCAUUUGUAUUAUACCUGUGUAAAACAACCUCUGGCCAAGCAGAAGCAAAGCAAAGAAUUAUUUUGGGCUGCAUUGUGCCUCUCACAAAGUGUAACAGUGGGAAUUACUAUGUCUAUACUGUGUGCCACAUAUAAUCUUCUAUCAUUGCUUAAUGUAAUGCCUUAAAUCUUAGCAGGGCUUCUAAUUUAGUGACUCUGCAACCCAUGUUACAAGAAUUUGUCAGGCAGAGGGGUCACCUGCUGUAUCAUAUGCAAUGUCAUGCUAACAACACAGACAGAAAAGCAGUAUUUAAUCAAGCAAAAUAGCAUACAGAAAGAUUCUAUUCUAGUUCUUGGCUUUAAUGGUAAUCACACUUUGUGGCCUACAGACCAAUGAAAAUGCCAUAUUUAUUUCCCUUGAGCUCAGGGAGGUGGGAAAUCCAUCUUGAUGUCAUGGCUAAAACUUUCCCUACAAUAUUGCUUGGAGAAGGCAAGGAGAACUGUGAUGUUCAUGAAUCGCUCUUAUACGAUAUACAAUACAAUAUACAAUAUUCUAGAAUUAUUUUGGAAAUGUUUACUGAUGGUUUGCUGAAAAUAAUACCUGACCUUCGUUUCAAACAGAGGCAUGAUGUAUUUAAGUGUGGCGCAGAUGAAAGUGAACGCCAUUUCUUUGCCAGAGACCCCAUUCUGGGAUGGUCAUGGAUCCCCACAUGAGAACUGCACAGCAUGUUCUCGAGUGCACAUACUUGGGUAUCAUGAUAUGGUCAUAUAAUACUAACUAUUGUAGACAACUUUAAGAAAUCAUGUCUUUUUUUCAGGAACUAAAUGUUAAGCUACAUGUAUUAGAUUCCCUAUCCCUAAUGUAACAAAGCUAUAAGGAUCUGUUAUUGUUCUAUGGUAUCUUUAUUCUUAUAUACACAUUACAUGAAGGCACUGCGCUGCAUACAUAACUGUAUGGAUGGAUGUCUUUGCCUAGAUAAAGUGUGCAAAAAUAAAAUUUUAAAAAAACUUG